AUGCUCGCGCCCAACAGGAAGAGGCUAUUGCCUCUGCUGGUCGGACUUGUACUUACGUUGUCGUUUUGUUUUCAGUACAGAAAUACGGACCGUAUCUACAUCCAAUGGACACCGUCGACUGAGACACAACAAACCAAGCUUCCCGCCAACCGCACGCUGGGUUUUGGCGGUGCGGUCGUCGUAUCGAAAGAAGGCUCCAACCGACGGCAUGCCUUUGUGCAACAAGCUAACGUCACCGAAUUCGACGUUACCAUCCCAAAGCAGCCGCAGUGGACAGAGAGCGACGUGCAAAAGUUUCGCAAUAGCCAAGAAGACGAUGUGCAGCACGGCUCAAUCCUGGCUUGGAUGGGACACCUCAACGUCCUACAGUGGUUCCUCGAUUCUGGCCUUGAGACCGCACUAGUACUCGAAGACGAUCUCGACUGGGACAUACGCCUUCGUAACAUCCAGAUCCCGCUUGCCGCAAAUGCCGCGCGUACUCUCAUGCCCCCGAAGCGAUCUCUGAGGCCUCCCACCAGACUACCGCAAAACCGCACACAGUACUGGGGCGAUCAUGGUGCUUGGGAUCUCUUGUACCUCGGUCACUGCGGAGAUUACUUCAACAGAGUCACAUACGACGGCCUAGUUUUCGACAGCAAACCCUUCACCUUGAACGAUGUGCCGCACCUCACGUACCACGACCCGACCAUGCCCCCGCGAUCGGAGCUGCACCCCCUUACCCAGCACCUGUUCAGCAUUCUAAACAUCCCCGAGCAUGGCCGCACCUUCCACCGCUCGAAGUUUCCCCUCUGCUCAUUCGCCUACGCAGUCACCCGUCCCGCUGCCGAACUCCUCCUCACUGCCCUCGCACCCCCGAAGCUUAAACCAGGGGGCCCCCGCGCAUUCGACGUCGCGCUCCUCCACGCCUGCUUGAAAGGCGCGCGAGAGACGAAUUCCAUCACAACGCGCUGGGCGAACCCAGCUUCCCAUCCCGACCGCGGUCUGCGCUGCUGGACGCUCAACUCCGAACUCUUCCACCAUGUCCCGGGCGAAAGCGAGAUCGCGAAGAUUGGGAAAGAACAUGGGGAGGAUAUCGGACAAGGAUUGUCGCCAGUUGAUUGGGCGGGUCAGGCGCAGACGAUAUUGCGCAAUGAGACUACAAAUAUCGGCUGCGGGUUUUGGAGUGGAGCUUUUGCCUUUAAGAACGGUGAUACAGAGCGCCUCGAAUUUCUCCGCGAGCAUGUAGGAAGAGAAGGGAAGUGUUUGAAGGAGGGCAGGGAUGCGGUGUAA